AUGUUCAGGAACCUCGCCUGGCAGCCCUCUGACGGGUUGCCGCAGCCGAUUGGCCUGGGGUGGCUGGACCCAGGCCUCCCGUUUUGGCAGAAGUCCAGACCAAAGAGACCACCACUUCUUUACCUUUUAAGGCGGUGUAAGAAACAAAAAGCUCUAGGAUUUGACUGUGAAUGGGUCACAGAGAAGAGCAAGCGGCAGCCAGUAGCAUUAAUACAACUAUCCUCUUUUGAUGGAUACUGUGCCUUGAUCAGGCUGAGUGAGAUCAAGGCUAUGCCAGCAUGUUUGAAAGAUUUGCUAGAGGAUGAAACUAUCUACAAAGUAGGUGUAGCACCCAAAGAUGAUGGUAAAUACCUCCUUAUUGACUACUCUGUGGUAAUCAAAUCAACCUUGGACUUGAGGCAUUUGGCUGACCAGGCUGGAGUAGAAGCUGGGGGUCUAGCUUCACUGGCAUCCAAAACCCUUGGAGUGGCUUUGGAUAAAAGUUGGAGGAUUAGAUGCAGUAACUGGGAGGCGCAGGAGUUAACGCAAAAACAACAGAAGUACGCAGCGCUGGACGCCCACGUCGCCAUCAGGAUCUUCGCAAUCCUUAUGGAAAAGAUCGGAAGAAAGAGAUCUGUGUUUUCUUGGCUCUAUAGUACCAAAGACAGUGUGUGGUCACAACUGGACAAAUAUUGUUCGCUGUAUGCAGAUGCCAGUUACAAGAACAGACGGUCUGGAACUAAAUCCCUUAAAGUAAAAGAAAAAGAAGCGAAAACAAACAAAGAGGCGUUACUGCAGAGCAAGCGCUACCCUUACGCGACGAUGGGGAAGCCGCUCUACAACAACUGCUACCUAGAGGCCCCUGACGGAGAACUACUGUGCACCUGCGAUAAGAAGAAGGCGUUAUGGUACGUCGAAAGAACAACAGCGGAUAUCGUGAAAGAGGAUCCAUUAACAGUGCGGUUACGUUUCGAGCCGUCCGGCCGGUCAGUGGGCGCCGUCGGCCGCUACUACCAGCUGAAGAAGGAGAACAAGUGCGUCGUCUGCGGAGACACACAGACCUUCAUCAGGAAGAAUGUUGUGCCCAGAGAGUAUAGGAAACUAUUCCCAGAUAUAAUGAAGGACCACUCGUCUCACGACGUGGUGUUGCUGUGCGUGCACUGCCACCAGCUCAGCAACAUCCGCGACCAGGCCGUGCGCGAGCGUCUGGCCGCGCUCUGCCACGCGCCGCUCGGGACCGCGCAGCGGGGCAAGUUCACCGAGGACUCCGUCGGCAAAAGAAUCAAGUCAGCAGCUCGUGCCCUGCUAUACCAGUCUCGUAGAAACGUUCUCCCGGAAGCCCGACGUAAGGAGCUGGAAGAGUUUCUGCUGCAGCACUACCCCGACCAGGUCGAGGUGACCGAGGAGCUGCUGCAGGAUGCCGCCAACAUUCAAACUAUAGUUGAAAACACUCAGUUCGAAUCUCACGGCGAGAAAGUUGUGGACUACUUCCUGAAGGGCGACGGCUUACUCCGGCUGGAGGAGAUCUGGCGCGAACACUUCCUGAAGAGCAUGGAGCCGAGACACAUGCCUGAGCUGUGGUCCGUCAAGCACAACGAGGAGAGGUUACGUGUGAAAUGGGAUGAGGGAAGAUUAUCUCAGGAACAUUUGAAAUCGAUUGGUUUGACAAGAUUGUAAAUAGUUACAGCAUAUUUAAAUUAAGAGUUUAGUGCAAUUUUUGCUCUAUGCACGCACAUCAAAAUAAGUGUAUUACGGAGAAUGUGCGAGCGAUACAAAUGUACUAAAUUCCACACACUGCGACAUUGCUGGUUAGCGGGUUUGCGUGUUUAAGUAUAUUUCUAGGAAACUUAAUGCUUAAAUAAUUGAAUUGAACAUAGAUACUUAUAUUUAAAAUUACUUGACACAGAUUGAUAAUUAAACGACUUGACGGGUGAAGGCCAUCCGCGAGCUUAUGCAUGCUGAUUGACAUCCCAUAUCUAUACAAUGAGGCGGCUAGCACAUGCUUUAUUAUAACUUCUGUAACGCGGAUUCCUAAAUAUUUAUUUAACAACAUUACUCACUGGACGUCUAUCGGGAUCGCACGUCUAGUUCGGAUCAUACUAGUCCUUCAUCAUGUGCUAACACAGCUUUGGCCGAGGGAUUCGAAUGAUUUUUCGAGUUUAUAUGGCGGUGACUGCUUUGCGCCUAAAGUGGCCGGGAAUCAGUCACUUGCAACGUCCAGCCCUAUGUAUGAAGACUCAUAAUCAUUCAAUCAGUCCAUUUUUAACUUAGUUCUACGCUCAAAGUUGGUUGAAUGAUAUUUGUUAUAUUUAUUUUAAAUUAUGGCAUUUAAUGCUGAGUGACAAGGUCUUAUAAUUUAAGCUUAAUCAAUUACUUUUAUUACUAUUAAAAAAUAUAUAUUGUCCUUGUUCUAAAAUUGAGUACAAACUCCAAAACACAUAUCGUUGUAACUAACCAUUAUUAUUUACAAUUGUAUAAUGACCUGUAAAUCGAUUAUAUAGACAGUAACACGCUGGAUAUUCCAGAAGAUUUUAAAUAUGAUUGGAAAAGUAUGCUGACAUUCAUACAUAAAGAACCUUAAUUAAUUACCUUAUAAGCCCAUUUCAAUGGGUAAUCAAGCGUAAAAUUACAUUAUUAUAGAAAA